GUGAUCUAUAAAUAGCCUCCAGGACAUCACAUGUAACCACACCGACUCACUUCUAGGUCGACAACACAAACAUUUGAUAGCAGUACUUUGAAGCUGGUGUCGAAUGAAACGCCAAGCAAUGGGAGCCCUCCUCCAACUACUAAUCAUCCCGUUCCUUCUCGUUGCGGUGGAUGGAGCAGAUUCCCUUGCAAAGUUAUCAGAUGAAGCAAUCGCGAACCCAGCGGAGGUGAAGGCGUACUGGGGAGCAACACUUCCCAACACUCCCAUGCCCCAGGCAAUACUUGACAUGUUGGCACUCCAAGAAGAUGGCAAAAGUGAGAAGGAACAGGGCCCAAAAGUUGAUGGAGAUGGAUCUAAGUUGGGGAAAUUCUUUUUUUAUAACCAUAACCAACAAGUUGAUGGAGACUCGAAGAUGGGUAGGUUCCCUUUAUACAACCAAGGUGCACAAGUCGAUGGAGAUGGAUCAAAGUUGGGGAAAUUCUUUUUUUAUAACCAUGACCAACAAGUUGAUGGAGAUGACUCGAAGAUGGGUAGAUUUCUUUUAUACAAUCAAGGUGCACAAGUUGAUGGAGAUGGAUCAAAGUUAGGGAAAUUCUUUUUUUAUAACCAUGACCAACAAGUUGAUGGAGAUGACUCGAAGAUGGGUAGAUUUCUUUUAUACAAUCAAGGUGCACAAGUUGAUGGAGAUGGAUCAAAGUUGGGGAAAUUCUUUUUUUAUAACCAUGACCAACAAGUUGAUGGAGAUGACUCGAAGAUGGGUAGAUUUCUUUUAUACAAUCAAGGUGCGCAAGUUGAUGGAGAUGGAUCAAAGUUGGGGAAAUUCUUUUUUUAUAACCAUGACCAACAAGUUGAUGGAGAUGACUCGAAGAUGGGUAGGUUCCCUUUAUACAACCAAGGUGCACAAGGUGAUAAAGAUGGAUCAAAGUUGGGGAAAUUCUUUUUUUAUAACCAUGACCAACAAGUUGAUGGAGAUGACUCGAAGAUGGGUAAGUUCCCUUUUUACAAUCAAGGUGCACAAGUUGAUGGAGAUGGAUCAAAGUUGGGGAAAUUCUUUUUUUAUAACCAUGACCAACAAGUUGAUGGAGAUGACUCGAAGAUGGGUAGAUUUCUUUUAUACAAUCAAGGUGCACAAGUUGAUGGAGAUGGAUCAAAGUUGGGGAAAUUCUUUUUUUAUAACCAUGACCAACAAGUUGAUGGAGAUGACUCGAAGAUGGGUAGGUUCCCUUUAUACAACCAAGGUGCACAAGUUGAUGGAGAUAGAUCAAAGUUGGGGAAAUUCUUUUUUUAUAACCAUGACCAACAAGUUGAUGGAGAUGACUCGAAGAUGGGUAGAUUUCUUUUAUACAAUCAAGGUGCACAAGUUGAUGGAGAUGGAUCAAAGUUGGGGAAAUUCUUUUUUUAUAACCAUGACCAACAAGUUGAUGGAGAUGACUCGAAGAUGGGUAGGUUCCCUUUAUACAACCAAGGUGCACAAGUUGAUGAAGAUGGAUCAAAGUUGGAGAAAUUCUUUUUUUAUAACCAUGACCAACAAGUUGAUAGAGAUGACUCGAAGAUGACUCAUGUUCAUGGGCACAACGGUGCACACAAGAUAGAUGGUUCACAAAAAGAAGGUGUGGAACACAAGCACAUUCAUAGUCAUGGACACAAUCAUGUUCGUCUCCCUAAAGCUGCAGAAGAUUUGUUCUUCUUCGAGAACAGUUUGGCAACAGGAUCUACGCGUUCCACGCUCAUUCCCUCGACAAGAAUAAAUCCCCCAUUUCUGCGCCACGAGGCCUUGAAACACAUCCCAUUCUCUCCCAGGAAUAUAACUAGCAUCAUCGACAUGUUUGCACCUGCCUCCCUCACCAUGAUCGAUGACAUAUCAUUCGCCCUACACCAAUGUGAGAACCCAGAGCAAGCAACCACUGGCGAGAAGUCCGGAUGUGCCGCAUCAAUCGAGUCAUACCUUGAGUUCAUUGUAUCGACACUUGGUACGAGUCAGGUACGGGCCUUCUCUGCUGAUGUUCCAAAGGAAGGCAUAGUGUCCCAGAGGUACACAACAGCAUCCGUCAGAUUGCUGACUCAUUCACAGAGUGUCCUAGUAUGCCAUGAUAUGCCAUACCCAUACAAGGUAUUGUACUGCCACAUGUCCUUUCCAACUAGGGCAUACCAGGUGAAACUCAUAAGCGAAGCACAUGGAUCAUCCAUGGAUGCGCUGGCGGUGUGCCACCUCAACACGUCGUCCUGGAAUCCUGAGCAUGCUUUCUUCAAGCUCAUGCAUGUGAAACCAGGACAGACAACGGCGUGCCACUACCUCAACAGAGGCAGCAUGGUUUGGGUGGCUACCGCUAAACUGGGAGACAAGCAAGCAGCAGCCGCAACCCAGUAAAUCGAUGUCAUCUAUGCGCGUCGUCAUCUUUGGUUUCCAGAACUCCAGUGUGUGCAUUGUGUGUUCCAGACAGUGUGACUGUGCCGUGCACUUGAGACUGUAACAAUAAGAGACGUGCGAGUACUACUGGAUCCUCGCUCCUCUAUGGCUGAUGCCAUAAUAAUAAAGCAAGUGGGUGGCACCUGUGGUGUGCUGUACGUGUGCAUCAAAGUAUGUUUGAAUUAUGAAUGAUCGCAUGUUCUGAGCUGAACUGCACUUUUCCUA